UUUUAACAGAAAGUACAAAAUUUACUCAACCACUUUCCCGCCGAAAAUUGGAGAAUCGCGAUUCUGGAAUCUUCCGCGUCACUCCGUCGCCGACGAAAUCUGUCGCAAUGUCGAAGAAAAGGGGUCUUUCUUUGGAAGAGAAGCGGGAGAAGAUGCUUCAAAUCUUUUACGAGUCCCAAGACUUCUUCCUGCUGAAGGAGCUCGAGAAGAUGGGUCCCAGAAAGGGUGUCAUUUCUCAGUCUGUGAAAGAUGUUGUACAAAGUUUAGUGGAUGAUGACCUUGUUUCCAAAGACAAGAUAGGAACAUCUGUGUAUUUCUGGAGUCUACCUAGCUGUGCUGGUAAUCAGCUUAGAAAUGUGUACCGCAAACUUGAUUCUGAUCUUCAAAACAGUAAAAAUCGGCAUGCCCAACUUGUUGAGCAAUGUCAGGAGCUGAGGAAGGGGCGAGAGGAAUCUGGGGAAAGAGCGGAGGCCGUUGCAGAUCUGAAAGCCGUUGAGCAACAGCACAAUGAAUUGAAGGUUGAGUUGGAAAAGUAUAGAGAUAAUGAUCCGGCUGCCUUUGAAGCAAUGAGAGAAGCAAUCGCAGUUGCCCAGGCAUCGGCAAACAGAUGGACAGACAACAUUUUCACCCUGAGGCAAUGGUGUUCGAACAAUUUCCCCGAGGCUAAGGAACAACUUGAAAAUUUGUACAAGGAGGUUGGUCUAACAGAUGAUUUUGACUAUUUGGAGUUAGUAGCACCUAUCCCUCUCAAAGCAGUUGCUGAAUAAUUACUUAGCCUAUAAAUGGCCAACUGCUUGUUGUCGAGCUGCUCUCAAACGCUGACAAUAAAAUGUAAAGUCGAUGACAUCCUCUGAGAUGGUAGGUUACUUUCUAUUCCUCUCUUUCUGUAUUGAUCAUGAAGUUUAAGAAGCCCUUUGCUUUCUGUGGCAAAAUAUAUUACAGAUUAUCCAAGUAUUUUUGGUCCCCAUUUUGAGUUAGGUCGGCGUUACUUGCCUUAAGGAGGCUCCAAUCCUCAGUAUGAUAUAUAUAGAUCCUUUAUGUUUUUACGUUUGUUUUUAUGGUUAGGAAAAUAAAGUGGGAUGGUGUAUGACAAACUAAGAACUGCUUUCUUUAUUAGGAACCAUUUUAAAUCCUCAGCCACUAAAUAUCCUGGAGCCACAAGAACUUCGUUUCUCAUUACACUUUGUUUAAUCCUCUCUGUUCACUUCUAUCAUCAUGGAACAAAUUUCUUUUAGCCUUCAAAGGUCAAAUAUUUCAAAGCCCCAUCCUUUUUACACUCACGUUGGUACCACACGACACGAUUAGUAUGCCAAAACCAACCACCACCUCAAGGCUUAAUCCCUUAAAGUGACCUAUAUCAAAAUGUACAAGUAGAGGGGGUUGGGUUUUGUUCCUAAAUGUAACUUAACAAUUACAUUUUAUGAUGCCUCUGAAACCAAAACUGAUCCUUCAAGAAAAUUACAAUAUAAUAAUUAUGUCUAUUGUCAUUAUCGUUAAUAUAAUAAUAAUAAUACGGCAAAUGUUAUUCAAUAAUACCUUAGGACACUGAUUUUAACCUGCUAGCAAGACCUGUAAUAUAUUAUUUAUAAGUUGAGACUUGAAUUGUAUGUAAUUAUCCUCUUGACUUUCAUUCAUCAGUGUUUUGUCGUCUGACAAAAUGACAUUAGCUUUUUAUGGCCACUUGGAAGUUGUUUAACUAACACACCGAAAGUUUGUCGCUUGCUAUUGUUAGUUUUAAUUUUCAUAUUAACGGCAUUUCCUUGACAUCUGUGUUGCUUAAAGAACUUAAACAUUAAAUGAAAUGAAGUGCUUUGGUGAGGAUAUGGAUACUCCAUUCUCACUCAAUCAAAUUAUUCCUCUCUAAUUUAAUCAUCUCUUUGUAUAUUAUAAAUACCAAUCCAUAAGUAA